CACUCGCUUCCAUCCUGACCACCACGACCACGGCCACCUCUAUUGUCCGCCUGUGGCACUUUAAUCGCCACAAGACCAGAUAUUUAAUCUUGCAUAUACCCUCACGAUUUACAUAUCCUUAGCUAUCUGUAAUUCCAAUGUCCAACCCACCUCUCCGUAGAUCUGCUCGUGCAGCCUCACAGAAACCUGAGGAACCCAAAGCAGCAGCUCUCAAGGCCGCUGUUGCAAAGACGACGGCACCUAAAGCCGAAAAAUCAACUCGACCCGUUGCCCGCACACCCAGUCGCUCUAAGAAGCGUGCUGCCACCCCGGAAGCGUCGCCGCCGCCCACCAAGCGCUCUCGGUCCAAGGCCGGCAUAUCCGAUGCAGAGGAUGUUAAAAAGGUCCCUAACAAGAAAGCCCCAGCCACGGCUGCGUCCAAGAAAGUUACCAAGCAACCAACCGUAAAUGGUCUCACGCCUGUUCAUGAGUCGAAACCCCAUUUCAACCCCCUGCCUAUGGCUAAUGACCACCCUCGACCUGCUCAGCAACUCUUUGUUUGGGGGGCAGGGAACUUUGGUCAGUUUGGAUGGGGUGCCGACCAACUCGGGGAAUUCGCUGUUCCCAAGCGCAAUACCUGGUUCGAGAAAAAGAUGGAAGAAGGUGCCUUCGGCGGGCAAGGUGCUGGCCUCGAGGCCAUUGCUGCAGGUGGUCUCCAUACCUUAUUCAUUGAUGAGAAAGGAACUGUGUGGUCGUGCGGUGUGAAUGAUGACGCAGCACUAGGACGUGUCACCAAGGAUGUUCCAGAUCCAGAUAAUCCUGGAAAGUUUAUUCACGUUGACGAGCUUACCGCUGUCCCUUAUCCUCUUCAGUCGCUUGUUGAUGAGGGAUUCCGCGCUGUCAGGAUUGCUGCUGGUGAUAGUAUUUCCGCCGCUAUCAGCGAUAAUGGCGAACUUCGAGUAUGGGGUUCUUUCCGUGCUGCAGAAGGCUCUCUGGGCUUCUCUGGCGACGUGCGACUAGAAUUCCUUCCCAAAGCGAUAUUAGAUUUGCCCACAAAAGCAGGCGAUGCUGAGAAGGCCGUCUCUGUUGUGUCAGGCAACAAUCAUCUUCUCGUACUAACUACGCAUGGCAACAUCUAUGCGUGGGGUGCUGGAGAGCAGGGCCAGCUCGGUCGCAAAAUUCUCGAACGUCGUAAGAUCCAUGGCACAGUCCCUGAAAAAAUCACCCUUGGUACCCGCCACAACCGUGCAGUAUUGGUUGGCGCAGGAAACUAUCACUCGUUCGCCAUCGACGAAGAGGGUGACGUUUGGGGUUGGGGCUUGAAUACGAUGGGACAGACAGGCACCGGCGUCGCAGAACCAAAAUCGAUGUCUGACGAAGUGCGGUCACCAAGAAUCAUUCGGUCGCUGUGCCAGAGGACCCUCGGUGAAUCAAUCGUGCAGAUCAUAGGUGGUGAACAUCACACACUUUUCCUGACUUCAUCUGGCAAGGUGUAUGCGUGCGGUCGGUGUGACGGUGGCCAGCUCGGUAUCAGCGACGAGGUUGCGGAAUAUGCUUCACGCAAGAAUCCUGAUUUCGUGCCAGAACCUAUGUUGGUUCCAUUCCCAGAGCCGGACGAUCCUAUCGUGUUCAUUUCGGCCGGCACACACAAUAACAUGGCUAUUUCCCAAGCAGGUGCGCUGCUCGCAUGGGGAGAAGAGUCUCAAGGAGAGUUGGGUGUCAACGAAAAGGAGGCCAAGACCCCAAUGGUGGUGGUGCGCAGGGAUGGCGGCGCAUGGAAGGCAGUGAGUGUUGCCUGCGGUGGCCAGCACACUCUUGGGAUGUUCAGAAAGAAGACCUAGCAUGACUUGGCUGCCAUACGGGUAACAAUUAUUGAUUACACCAUCUUGCAUUUCACACACUCCAUUGCGUACACACAUGCUCUUAUCCAUGAACUGUGGACCGAACGAUGCUUUCUUGCAUACUCGGUCA